UAUAGAGACGCCGCUCACGAUUGCGGCGCAGCUGGAGAAUACGGUGGAGUUUAUUAAAGCGCUGAGACACGGAGGAGCUCAUCUGGACUUCAGGGCUAAAGAUGGCAUGACUGCGCUCCACAAAGCAGCUUGCUCUAAAAACCAGGCCACGCUCAAGACGCUGCUGGAGCUCGGGGCUUCGCCCAACUAUAAAGACAGUCGUGGUUUGACGGCGCUGUAUCACACGGCUGUGGUUGGUGGAGACACAGACUGCUGCGAGCUGCUGCUGAACCAGAACGCCUCCGUCUGCUGCCAGGACGAGAACGGCUGGCACGAGAUCCACCAGGCUUGUCGACACGGUCACGUCCAGCACCUGGAGCACUUGUUGUUUUUCGGAGCAGAUAUGAGCGCUCAGAACGCCUCGGGAAACACAGCGCUGCACAUCUGUGCUCUCUACAACCAGGAGAAGUGCGCUCACGUGCUGCUGGUCAGAGGAGCCGACAAGGAGCUGAAGAACUGCAAUAAUCAGAGUCCAUUCCAGGUGGCCAUAAUCUCUGGGAAUUUCGAGUUGGCGGAGCUGAUUAAGAAGCACAGAGAAAGUGACGUAGUGCGGCUCCCCGAGGUCCCGCUGAACUCCAGACAGCGACGGUCUCUCCAGAAGAACAGUCUCUCUGGUUCUCGGGCGCUGCUGCGCUCCAACAGUGACAUGAACCUGGUUGCGCGCGCCGUGAGUCCGGAGCAGCUCAGUCUGUCACCGCAGAAGAUGCAGAGAGACCCGAGCGGCCGGGGAAAGAUGACGGGCCGCGGCGGCAGAACCGUCCCGAGCAGCUGUUCCCUGUCCAUCAGCCUGGAGGACGAGCAGAGCGCGCAGCAGAAAUGUGUCAAUGGCAGGCCGUGUGGCCCGAGCUCCAGGAGAAAGCUGUACAGCGCUGUUCCCGGCCGUCACUUCAUCGCCAUCCGCUCAUACCAACCUCAAGCUGCUGGAGAGAUCAGCCUGCACAAGAAUGACAGGGUCAGAGUUCUGAGUGUGGCUGAAGGGGGCUUCUGGGAGGGCUGCUGUCGAGGGCAGGUGGGCUGGUUCCCUGCCAGGUGUCUGGAAGAGAUUCCCGUCAAACCUGACAAAGAGAGACCAAAGAGCAGAAUGGAGCGCAGCGAGAGGAAAAAACUCUUCAGACAUUUCACUGUCGGUUCCUAUGACAGCAUCGACGGGUAAGACCUCAACCGGACCUGAUUGAAAGCAUACAGUUCUUC